UAAUUGGAAAGAGAAGAACAACAAAGAAAUAGAUAUUUAUUUGGUUUAAGGAUUUAUAUAAUAUAGUCAAAAAUACAGUCCAAAUUACUUUAACAUCAAAAAAAGUAAAAUAAUAUCAAUUUAUAGUUAUGGGAUAAUAUCGACCCCACAUAAAUGGAAUCAAGGAAAUUUUGUAUUUAGUAUAUAGUAUAGUAUUUUUGUUGAUAUCUUGAAAGUUAAGUAAAACUACUACUUCUUGAUCGAUCACCCUCAAAUUCAGAGAUACAUGUUGUCUGCAUAAGCAAAACAGAUGGAUUCUCCAUAAAAUAGGUCAUAAUCAAACCAAGAAGUAAUGGCAUCUGCAGCUAGAGCCCGUUGUGCUGUUAACCAUUGUUUCACACAAGAUUUCAUGAUGCCCCCUACUUCUUCAAAACAAUUGGAGCCUGAUUUUACAACUAGUGAUUCCACUGAUUCUGACAUGAAAUGGUGGCUACAUGUGAAAACCAACUUGGCCGGUGACACAGAUUAUACAUGUCAACAUCUAAAUACAUUGGAGUCUAAGCUCGACGCUUUUAGUACCCGACUUCAUGGUGACAAUGUCAGUAUCGGGAGUGAUCAAACUGUCAAAAACUUCGAUGCUGUUUCAUUUGUUGGAAAUGCUGCUACUGCAGCUAUAGAGCAGCAAUGGAAUGUCUAUCCAAAAUAUAUGAAGAAUAGUGAUACUCGAACGUCGAAAAUUGAGGCUUCAUUGAACAGUGACUUGUAUUUAACACCUAAGAAGAAAAAUGAAGGGGAAUUCUGGUUUUCAGAUGAUGCUACUAGUUUCUUGAUCUCGGAACAUUGUAAAAGUACAUCGUCUGAUUUUGAACCACAUUGGUUGGGAGCUGAAAAAUCUCAGCCUUGGUGGCGCACUACAGGAAAAGACGAUUUGGCUUCCUUGGUUGCUAAGAAAUCAUUUGAGUAUGUCGAGAACUGCGAUCUCCCAGAGCCAAACAUUAAGCCUUUUAGGAAAAUACAUACUCUUCAGCCAAGAGAAACUGACAAGGAGGAGAAUCAAGUGUCGUCCUUGAACCAAAAAUUGGAGAUGUGUUCUUCUGAUUCGAAUGGUUGUACGUCUACAACCUUGACUUCUGGCUGUUCAUUUCAGGAUUCUGACAGAACUUUCAGUUCCAGUGAAAGCAAAGACUCUGAUUCAAGCUGCAACAAGAAUAGCAAAGUGAAUUCCGAGAGUGCUGCAAAGGCAGAACUACUAAAAGCCUUGUGUCGAUCCCAAACUCGAGCGAGAGAGGCUGAAAAGGCAGCACAAGAAGCCUGCGACGAGAAGGAACAUAUAUUGUCUCUAUUUUUCAAGCAGGCUUCACAAUUAUUUGCAUAUAAACAAUGGCUACAUGUUUUGCAGCUGGAGAAUCUUUGCCUUCAAUACAAAAGCAAAAACCAGCCGUUGUUGAACAACCUCUUUCCCUACGAAGGAAAAAAACAUAGGAAAAAUCGUCGAAAGGUUAAGAAUAGCAGACGAGGGAUCGGAAAAUGUAUUUUCGCUUUUGCUGUUGGUUUGGCUCUUGCUGGUGCAGGUUUGCUUCUUGGUUGGACCAUUGGAUGCAUGUUUCCUUCCUUUUGAAUGAUAUUAUCUAUCCGAGUGAAUCAUCAAUUUGGUCCCUGAAAUUGUAGAAUGCUGUCAAGAAAAACACGCACCACUGAUAUAUAUGCACAUGUGCACAAAGUUUCUAUUUUCCCAUAGCUAGAUUGUGAUAGACUUUGUAUGGGUAAGAUAGGAGUUGCUACAGAUUCAUAUUUAAAAUUUUCCAGAUUUGAACAAAUUUGUCAAUAUUUUCCUAGAUGUAACUAUCUAAUUCAGUCAGGGAUCGAACUCGAGUGCUCUCAAUCCA